GAUCAGUUCUGAUUGCUCACCUUCUAUGGUCUUCAGUUCCCGGUUAAUGCCAGCUAUCUCUGCUUCUAACUUGCUAAUGCCAGCUGCCACUGGUUCCUGAUCUUGGUCCUCUUCUUCUUCAGAGUCCGGAACGUCCAUGAUUGAGGCCCCCGCAGAGAAGGCCUCUGUGGAAUGUGUUGCAGUAACAGCACCUUACGAUCAAGCGGUGGUGACAGUCGAUCAACGCCCCACACAUGCCAUUUCACCAGCUGGUGUUGCUAGGCAAUCUGCCACCAAUCUGCCACCAGAGCAUCAGAGUCCUUUCAGGUGUUUGCUGAACGCCAUUGCAUUGCCUCCGCUUUCAGUAAAGCUGCUCUCCACUCUUGACCAAUUUUAGUGAGUUGGUUGACUGAUCAACAUCGUCUGAAAAGUCUGAACAUCAUCAUAACAGUGAUCGAUUCAUGCAGCGACUUGAAAGAUGAGCGCACCACUCAAUGUCAUGUACGUCAAUCUCACUUCCUCAGAUCAGGUCAGACUUUGACAAUACUUGUAGAGCAGACGCCAUGGUGCCAAGCAUUGCAAGCUUAGAGGGCGUGCAAGCUUUUUAAAGGCGUGCAAGUUCCAUCAAGAAAGAUUGCUGUCCCUGCUCGCACACCACCCUCCAUGCUCCGGAGAGGUUGCUAUCUUUAUUGAUCUUUGGUGCCAGAAAUACCAAUGCAGGCAGCUUGCUGCUCUGCCGGGACCAUCGUGGCUCUAGCGCUGGAAGCACCGUUAUGUGCCCAGAAGCAGAGCACUAUGUGGAGGGCUUUGGUGUUAAGGCGUGUGCUGGCACCUUCUGGGCUGCACAAUCCUCAUUCCAGCCGGUUUACGCCCUCCCAGUUCCACAUCAGCAUUUCAAGACAGAAGUGCACGGCAGCAGUACAGACAGCGGAGAUGGAACCGGGCCAGGAGAGAAGGUAUGCAAUCAUUGGAGCCGGGUUUGCCGGGGUCGCCGUCACCUGGCAUCUACUGCAGCAUGCGACGAGCGCCUCGCCCAUCUGCAUUGACCUCUUUGAUGAGGUGGGCAUCGCAGGAGGGGCCUCGGGGGUGGCGGGGGGCCUGCUGCAUGCGUUUUCCAACAAGGGCACGAGCCUCUGGAUGGGGCAAGAGGGCUAUGCAGCCACCCUGCGGCUGUUGGAGGCAGCAGAGAGAGCGCAGGGGGAAGCGCCAACCGCCGAAGAGAGUUUGAUUGCCAGGAGAAAGGGGAUCCUGCGCCCGGCAGUCGAGCAGCGGUUGGCAGACAACUACAAAAAGCAUGCAGAGAGCGCCCCGCCAAUAGACGACUCGCACGUGGUGGGCGGUCGUGCCGCCAUUGUUAACGGGGAAACCGCCCGGAAGCUUGUUCCGGGCUUGGCUGAGCCUGUUGGGGACACGGCGCUCUUCUUGCCCCGGGGCAUCACUAUCAACCCGACCAGGUAUCUUGAGGGCCUUUGGCGUGCGUGCGAGCAGCAAGCAGGGGACCGGGGCCCCGGCCGGCCACGCGCGACCCUGCACAAACAAAAAGUGGACUCGCUGGCCGGUCUCAGCCAAGCCGGCUACACUGCUGUCGUCAUCUGCUCCGGCGCCGCUGCGGUGCGCUUCCCGGAGGUCGCCUGCGAGCUCCACCUCUCCAUGUGCCGUGGGCGGGUGGUUGAGCUCCAUCCGCCAUGUGGCACCGCAAGCGACGCGCCACGUGUCGCUUUCCCGGCGUCCUCUCCCAGCCUGCUCGGGCCGGCGUGGAUCUCCGCCCAAGGCACGGAGACGCUCCUCGUGGGGGCGACAAAGGACUGGGAAAAUGGGGAUCUUGAAUCCGGUGUGUCCCCGCAAGAGGGGGAAAAAGUAGCUGAGGAGCUGUUAGCGAAAGCAGAGGUGAUUUACCCCCCAGUCCGAGAGUGGCGGGUCGCGGCAGUCCGGUCGGGAGUCAGGGCGUGGGCGCGACGAACGUCCGACGGAACGGUGCCCAUCGCCGGAAAAAUACAGGGCAGGAGUUCGGAGGACGAUCCGUCGGCCUCGAUGGCUAAAGACGAGGAUAAUGGUGCUCCAGACCGCCUUGCUUCGGCGAAUAGUGAUGAGGGUUUUGCUCGCGACGUUUCUAAUGGAAGGGGUGGUGGUGAAAGGGUCGACUCGGUAAAUGAAGGCUCUGGUCGGGAGAGUUCCCCGGGGGCAUGUGCGUUGUGGGUGGUGGGCGGGCUGGGGGCCCGGGGGCUGGUGUACCAUGCGUGGCUGGCGGAGAAAGCUGCGCGGGCAGUAGUCCACGAUGACGAGGCUCUGCUGCCGCCCGUUUUGAGACGGUGGCAAAAGGGUUUUGUGGAUGCUGCAAAAGCAGAGCGCAAGCCAAGAGUUAGGAUACGAAACAGGAACAAAGUUCGGGGAGGAGUUUGACGUUGUCAUGCAUGUCACGUAUGUAUGCUGGCUGUGGGAGAUUAGGCUGGCCUGAGAUGAUCACACUCAUGAGUUCAAGACGGC